AGAGUAAGUAUUAAUCAGCGAGUAUGGACACACCUCAGGGGCUUAGAUGUAGGUAUGGAAGGUGAGGUUGUAUCCCUACCAAUGAUUUGGGAGCGCCAUGUGUGUUUAGGGCAGGGGGGAUUGCAGCUGAUUUGGUCCCUAUACCAAUGUUGAAACCAAAUCUAUGCCUUUAACUCACCAACUCAUUCUUUGAAGAGUAUUGACCUUAGUUAGCAGUAUUACUAUGUUAAAAUAUAAGGUGUCCCAAUAGCACCAGUGACCAAUGUGAUAAAUGUAUUUUUAAAAUAGAUAUAUUUUUUAAUGUAGUGCAAUGUUAAUGAUGUAUGUAGUAAAAUUGAACUCUUUCAUACAAUUUCAUAAGUUAUACCUUUUAAAAACUUUGUUUUACGUUGCAAAUGGUUUUGCAAAUGUUGAAAUUUGGCUGUAGCAAGUUGUUUUGCAGGUUUAGAGCAACUUUGAAACAUGAUAGAAAUAGAAAAAUUAAGCAAAUGGCACAGGAAUCAUGCAUUAACUGUGUGACUCGGAACUGUGCUUAAUAUUAUAGGCAUGUUUUUAAACCGGGGCGGCAUGGUGGUGCAGUGGUUAGCACUGUGGUUAGCACUCACACCUCUGAGACCCGGGUUCAAGUCUCCGGCUGGCUCACAUGUGUGUAGAGUUUGCAUGUUCUCCCCAUGUCAUCGUGGGGUUUCCUUUGGGUACUCCAGUUUCCCUCCCACAGUCCAAAAACAUGCUGAGGCUAAUUGGACUUGCUAAAUUGUCCGUAGGUGCGUGUUUGUGAGUGAAUGGUGUGUGAGUGUGCCCUGCAAUGGGCUGGCCCCCCAUCCUGGGUUGUUCCCUGCCUCAUGCCCAUUGCUUCCAGGAUAGGCUCCGGACCCCCCACGACCCAGUAGGAUAAGCGGUUUGGAAAAUGGAUGGAUGGAUGGAUGGAUAUAUAUUCGAUGUUCUUUAAUAAAAAGUGCUUAAUCAUAUACAGCCUAGCAUUACAUUUUAUAGGCCUAUAAUUAAGAAAACCAUCUCUUUUAUUCACUCAGACUGCUUUAUUCUGUUUGGUGUGCCCUCGCAGGCACAUUUUUAUUUAAUAAAUCCACAGGCCUGGGUAUUAUUCCAGCAGUAAAAGCAAAAAUAUUAAUUAAACAUGUGCAAGACCACUGCUCAUGCACCACGAUCCCCCAGCCCUCUCACACACCCAUCUUCCUCUGACGCUCCCUCUCAGUCAUGUACUUGGGCGUUGCCUGUUAUAAAUUCUCAGUACAAUUCACUACUUAGGGUCCAUUUUUUACUUUCUUAGGCUAAUCCAACUGUUGGGGUGCUUCUUAGCCUGUAGCCAUGCCAAGUGACCUGGAGAGAGCCAUGGAGAUGCUGGUCACCGUCUUUUACCGUUACUCCAAGAAAACAGGCAACAGCAACACUCUUUCACGCUCUGAAUUCAAGCAGCUGAUGGAGACUGAGCUAUCUACCUUCCUGAAGGCACAGAGGGACCCCAAUGUCGUGGAUAGCAUUAGGAAUGACCUGGAUGCCAACGGGGAUGGAGAGCUGCACUUCGAGGAGUUUGUGUCCCUGGUGGUGGGCCUGUCUGUGGCAUGUGAGCAGUUCUACCAGCUGCACGAGAAGCGAGGGCAGUGCAGGAAGUGAGCACAUUGUGGUUGGAAGGCUUGGUGUUGAUAGUCAUUCUAUAAAAACUCUAAUAAACACUGACCUUCAAACACA